AUGCCUGCUCCAGCCGUAGGAAUCGAUCUUGGAACUACCUAUUCUUGUGUUGGUGUUUUCCAACACGGGAAGGUUGAAAUAAUCGCUAAUGAUCAAGGAAAUCGAACAACUCCCAGUUAUGUCGCCUUCACUGACACGGAAAGACUCAUUGGCGACCCGGCGAAGAACCAAGUCGCUCUCAAUCCCUCAAAUACAGUUUUCGGUGAGUUGUUUUUUCAGGAGACUUCUGCUUAAUCUCAAACGAAAUAUAGUGAUUUUCGACGUUACAUAGAUGUAACCUCCAUACAAAAGAAGGUCAUUUUUUUUCGGCGCCGGUGAUCGGUCGCCAUACUCUUUUGUGUUGGUUAGAUGCAAAGAGGCUCAUCGGACGAAAAUUUAACGAAGGAACUGUUCAAGGCGACAUGAAACACUGGUCUUUUAAGGUAAAUCAAUUAUCCUCAAGGUUAAAUAAACCUCAAGUAUUAAAUAAGAAUGAUUUCAAUCUGCUCAAUGCUUGCAAAAAUCCACUUUCACUUUCAGGUUGUAGACGAUGGCGGAAGACCAAAAAUUCAAGUUGAACACAAAGGCGAAACUAAAACGUUCUUUGCCGAAGAGGUAUUUGACCCUUCCUUUUUGCUUGAGUAUUUCUCAAGAUGAAAGGUAAGCUUUAGUAACUUAUCUGCCACAUACCUCGCUUAUCGUACAUGUUCGUUGUUUUACAUGACAGAUUUCUUCCAUGGUUUUGACCAAAAUGAAGGAAACAGCAGAGGCGUAUCUGGGUGAUAAGGUCACUGACGCUGUUGUCACUGUGCCGGCUUAUUUCAAUGAUUCACAGAGACAGGCAACCAAAGAUGCCGGUAAGAAGUCUAAGAACUGAAACUGGACUAGACUUUCAGUCAAGUGUACUGAAAAUAAUUUGUUAAAAGUAUCUGUGGGGUUUUAUUAUUAUUUUUUAUUUCCUACUUGCUACAUAUGUAUUACAGCAACAGAUAGCUCCUCUGUAGAAAGAACGUGCUAUGAAAUAUAUGUUUUGUCUCUGUUAAACCCUGCCUGGAAGGGGUUGUGCUUUCUAUAUACCUGCCAACUCUCCCGGUUCUCCCCAGAGCGCAGGUCUCCAAUAGGGUUCUUCAAUCCCGUAAUCCUGACCCGAAAUUCCAUGCAAUCCCGUAAUCCCAAGGGUAUUCCACCUCCUGCGCAUACUUUCAAUCCCGAAUCUCGUCUUGAUUUUGCUUUAAAAUCCCGAAUCCUAAGCUUCAGACAAGGAAAAUCCCGGAUCCUGAAAAACCUAUUUUCCUACCAAAGCCUUUUUCAAAAUUUUUUCAUUAAUUUCGUUUCUUUUUUUUUGAGAUUUAUUUUCAAAAAAGAAAAUAAAACAAGAAGUGGAUUUGGUUCUCUUGUUUGAGCUGUUCUCGAUUCGAUCAAAAAACAUAAAACAGAACAAUCAAAUUGAUAUAUAUUUAAUGAGUAUCAUAAUUGGUCAGAAAUCAACCAAUCAAAUUGCACAAUUCAUUGUAGAAAGGAGGCCACAAGGCGGCCAAGUGAGCGACAGUCUUUAUUCUGCAUUAUAUUAAAUCGAAGGACUUUUUGAAAGUCUACUCAAGUGCAAGGAAUGGGUCUCACCAUUAGACAGUGGAUUAUUAAAUAAUGCUGUCCAAGGUUUAAACCCAGGAGUAAUUUAUAAGUAGGUGGAGCAUGAUGGUUUAGGUGAGCAUAGUCCUGAAUAAGCAGUCAUCCCCUCCCCCCCCCAAAAAAAAAACAAAACAAAGAAAAAAUUGACCCUGAUGACAAUGAAAAUGAAAUGACUAAGCACUAAAAAGAGUCUCCCCCAAAAGACUGAGUUUCCUUAUUAUUUUGAAGGAAGUUGCAAUGAACAGAUAAAACUCCUGCAUGUGUACAUCGUGGGUGCAUCUUUCCCUUUUAUUAUUUUUUAUUGAUUUGUUUCCAAAUAAACUUACAACCUGAUGAACAUGGUGAAAAUUAAAUAGGUGCCCAGCCUCAAAUAAGAGCCCACCUUGAAUAAAUGCCCACUCUCAAAGUCCAGAAAUUAAAUGAGUGCCCUGAGGGUCCUAGCCUCCUACACACACACAUUAAGACGGAAUCCACAGGGAAAUUUAGUAAUAUUAACUUUCAGUGGACAAAAGCCUUGUACCAGAAUAAUUUAACGGAUAUUCCAUUCUUUUUUACAUUGUAAUUAGUCAUCUGUAAAAACACCAACAAAAAUUUCUAAUGGGAGUUCAAGAAAUGAAUGUCAAAUUUCACGAAAAUUGUGGAAACACAGGUAAAAUUCUAAAAUUUCAUGUGUAAGAUGUAAUUCUGUGAAAUUUGACAUUUAUUUUCUCGGGCUCCCAUAUGAAAUUUUCUUUGGUGUUAUUACAGAUGACUAAUACUACAUCUUUAGCCCUUGAAAAAUGUUAAAAAGAAUGGGUUAUGCUUUCAAUAUUAUUCGGGUACAAGGUUUUUGUCCACUGAAAAUUAAAAUUACUCAAUUUCCUGGUGGAUUCCGUCUUAAUUCUUUGGGGUUUGUCACACAUUCCUACCCCUCAAUCAUGAUUCAUUAGGGACGACUUCUGUGGAGCCAAAAGAACGUCUGCCUGGGAGGCUACAGGGUCCUUAAUCAAAUUGAAUGCUUUCCUAACAAAGGGGAAAUUUUGCCUCCGUCUAGAAAUCUUGGAAGCAUUUUCAGUGGGUCUUGAAGCCCCGUUUUGAGGUGAUUUUUGCAUCUCUGAGUCUCAAUUUUUUUUUUUUUUGCUGAUAGGUCUCAAAGUCUCGAAUUUGUUGUUGUUGUUUUUUUUUUAAUUUCCAUUUGGUCUUCAGGAGUUAAACUUUUUAGGGUACAUGGGUACAUCUUAUUGAACUGAGUUAUAGUGGAUUAAACAAGAGAAAGCAGUAUAUUGGUGGGCUUCGGUCAGCUUUCAUUGGUGUUGUUGGUCUUUUUAUUUAGUUUUAAUUUAUUUGUACUUACCAUUUUAUACCCCUAAAAAAGGUCACAAUGGUACAAGCUAUUUAAGCAUAUAAAAAAUAUUAAACCUAAAUUCAAUUCUGACAAGGGUGACAUACAAGAAACUGCAACACCACAAAAAAUUUCACUUCCAAAACACAGUGGGCUCAAAAGCACAAACAACACACAUCAUACUGUUUGAGGUCACUGUAGUACUACAAGGUGGGGUUUUAUUUACAAAACUGCAGCCAAAAAAAGUGAGUAACACCAAUUAUCUCCCUCAAGAAUGGGACUUGUGAUUUUGUUCCAUGCAGUGCAUUAUUAUCAAGUGACAUCAGAAACUCAUAAGGGGUUGAACAACCCCUUAUGAGUUUCUGGUGACAUAUAAUUUUAGUUUUUCAUUUUGAACUUCGAAAGGAUUAGCAAGAGUUCUAAAACUAGCAACUCAGAUAGCCCACUGUGCAUUUUGCAUGUAAAUUAUCCAUAUUUCCAUUCCAUGUUGGAAAAAGGGCACAUGACAAAAUGUCUUUAACAGUUACCGUUAUAUGAAUUAUUAUUGUUCUGGAGUAUUGCUUUUACUGGACAGAUUAGCUUUGCAAAUUACUUUUUCAUGGCUAUAACAAUUUUCUGUAAUCUGCAAGUUCACUCAUGUUAUCAUUAUAAUUUUUGUUUCUAUAUACACUAUUUUCAUUGUUUUGAUACUUUUUUUAAGUUUAGAAACAUUUGGUUAAUUUUUUUUUGCAACUGUGCAGUACUGAAGUCACUAUCAUUAUUAAAUUUUAUUCCUGAUUUGAACUGACUUUUAACUGGUCUACUUCAUUACAAUGAGCAAAGGUGUACAAAUCACCCUCUCGCCCAUAGAGAGUUGAAUCAUUCAGCUAAUUUAGCAUGACCAGUGUUUGACUGAGGAUCUAUUGUUUACCUGAAUUUGGUCACUUUGCCAGUCUAGCAGACAAAUAAAUCUCGACAGCGUUAAUGUUGUUUUAUAUUUACCACAUUGAAGCAAUUUUAUGUUUUUCUUCCUCUCUUUAAAGAAUGCUUUGAUACAAAAGUCAUACCACCCCUCUUCUCUCUCUUACUCCUCCUUUGCCCAUAACCCCUUUCUCCUUUUGAAUGUACUCUUCUGGUCUACCAUAUAAAGCUGAACUUGCUACAAGUCUCUAUCACUUCUUUAUUCAGGCUGAUUAUUCUUCAAGAAAAUCUGUUAUCUAUGACUUGCACGAAACAUUUAAAUAACGUACCACAAUCUAUUCUUUACUUAGGAGUAAUUGCUGGUCUCAAUGUUCUUCGCAUAAUCAAUGAACCCACCGCUGCAGCCAUUGCUUAUGGACUGGACAAAAAAGUUGGUGGUGAGAGGAAUGUGCUCAUUUUUGACCUGGGUGGUGGUACCUUUGAUGUUUCCGUUCUCACCAUCGAGGAUGGCAUCUUUGAGGUCAAAUCAACAAGUGGAGAUACCCAUCUUGGAGGUGAAGAUUUCGACAAUCGUCUGGUUGACUUUUUGAAGGGAGAAUUUAAGAAGAAAAACAAGCAAGAUAUCUCUGGCAACAAGCGGGCGAUGCGCCGUUUGCGAACAGCCUGUGAAAGGGCCAAGAGGACCCUGUCUUCAAGUCAUCAAGCAAGCAUUGAGAUUGACUCACUUUAUGAGGGCAUCGACUUUUAUAUCACCGUAAGCCGUGCCAAGUUCGAGGAACUAAAUACUGAUUUGUUCCGUAGUACUUUGGAACCAGUGGAGAAGGCGCUGAGGGAUGCAAAGUUGGAGAAAUCUAAAAUCGAUGAGAUAGUUCUGGUUGGUGGCUCUACUCGCAUUCCCAAAAUUCAAACGUUGCUGUACGAAUGCUUUGAUAGGAAGAAGGAGCUAAACAAGAGUAUCAACCCUGAUGAGGCUGUAGCUUAUGGUGCGGCCGUACAGGCAGCUAUCCUGAAAGGAGACAAACAUGAAGCUGUGUCGGACCUCCUUCUCUUGGAUGUGGCUCCCUUGUCCCUUGGAAUCGAGACAGCNUUUUUGACCUGGGUGGUGGUACCUUUGAUGUUUCCGUUCUCACCAUCGAGGAUGGCAUCUUUGAGGUCAAAUCAACAAGUGGAGAUACCCAUCUUGGAGGUGAAGAUUUCGACAAUCGUCUGGUUGACUUUUUGAAGGGAGAAUUUAAGAAGAAAAACAAGCAAGAUAUCUCUGGCAACAAGCGGGCGAUGCGCCGUUUGCGAACAGCCUGUGAAAGGGCCAAGAGGACCCUGUCUUCAAGUCAUCAAGCAAGCAUUGAGAUUGACUCACUUUAUGAGGGCAUCGACUUUUAUAUCACCGUAAGCCGUGCCAAGUUCGAGGAACUAAAUACUGAUUUGUUCCGUAGUACUUUGGAACCAGUGGAGAAGGCGCUGAGGGAUGCAAAGUUGGAGAAAUCUAAAAUCGAUGAGAUAGUUCUGGUUGGUGGCUCUACUCGCAUUCCCAAAAUUCAAACGUUGCUGUACGAAUGCUUUGAUAGGAAGAAGGAGCUAAACAAGAGUAUCAACCCUGAUGAGGCUGUAGCUUAUGGUGCGGCCGUACAGGCAGCUAUCCUGAAAGGAGACAAACAUGAAGCUGUGUCGGACCUCCUUCUCUUGGAUGUGGCUCCCUUGUCCCUUGGAAUCGAGACAGCUGGUGGUGUAAUGACACCUCUCAUCAAACGCAACACCACCAUUCCUACGAAGAAGAGUCAGACCUUCACCACGUACUCUGACAACCAGCCUGCUGUGUUGAUCCAGGUGUUUGAAGGCGAACGCGCAAUGACAAAGGACAAUCAUCUUCUUGGAAAGUUUGAGCUGACCGGCAUCCCUCCGGCUCCACGUGGUGUACCACAGAUUGAAGUCACAUUUGAUGUUGAUGCCAAUGGAAUCAUGAAUGUUUCUGCCAAAGAUAAGAGCACUGGCAAAGAAAACAAUAUUGUCAUCACAAAUGACAAGGGUCGUCUGUCCAAAGAAGACAUUGAACGCAUGGUCAAAGAAGCGGAGAAGUUUAAGGCGGAUGAUGACAAGCAAAAAGACAAGGUUCAAGCCAAGAACAGUCUGGAGAGCUAUGCCUACCGUAUGAAGAGCACAAUUGAGGAUGACAAAGUGAAAGACAAGAUCAGUGAAGAAGACAAGACAGUCAUUGCAGAUAAAUGCAAAGAAGUGAUUGAAUGGCUGGACCAAAAUCCAUCUGGUGAAAAAGAAGAUUAUGAAGCUAAACAGAAGGAGCUAGAGAAGGUUUGCAACCCUAUUAUCACCAAGCUUUACCAGGGUGCUGGCGGUGCUGGUGGAAUGCCAGGUGGACCGCCUGGUGGUAUGCCUACAGGAGGGUUUCCAGGUGGAGCUCAGCCUGAUAGCGCAGGCCAAGAAUCUUCUGGUCCCACCAUUGAAGAAGUUGAUUAA